AAUGAAACUGAAACCAGCUUCAUCAAGAUUUCAAAAUUAAAUGCGGUGCAUAUAAUUAAAUAACAACUCAACGUACGUCACGAAUCCUGACCAAUGGCGAGGCGAACCGGCGUCCCAGUGACCCCGCCCCACCUCGCGCUGACUCUAUAAAAGCGCGCGUCCCGCCACGGGGCUCGCCUAGCGGAGGCCUCGCGCCUCGUGUUACCUCAUCCUCUCUGUGCCGGGCCAGGUCGGGCCGCGCUUUAUUUUAGUUUGUAAAUUAUAUUAAAAAAAAAGGAAAUCAAAGUUUAUUGUCGACGUCUGCCCGUCGCUCGCGUUCAGGUGCCUCUCUCGUCUCGUCGGCGGGAGCCCGUGGUGGCGAGGCACGUGGAAGAGCCUGGAGCGCAAGGCAUGAGCCACAAUGGCGCUGGCACCGCCGCCGUUGUCCGCCGGUCACUGUGGCACGCUGCGCCGCGAGCUCGGCCCGGACGCCGGCACGGGCGGCCCCGCCGCACGGGGGCGACCGGCAGGGGCCGCGACCCCCCAGCUCGGGGACGGUAGCCCCCCGCCCCGGACCGACGCCGGCGGCCCCCGGCACCGAGCGCGCCGCCUCAGAUCGCCGGCGCCGGACGUCGUCGGCCCCGCCUCGACGACGCGCGCGCCUUGCCGCGCUGGUUCGGGCGAGCCGUGGCUCACGGGAAGGCGGAGGGUGCAGUCGGCGCGGCCGUCCGUCCGCCCGGCCCCCCGCCCCGGCGCCGCCUCACCGGCGCUGGGAGAGACGACGCUUUUUGGGCAGUGGCAGCGGUCGGAUUUCCUGCGUGGCCAAAGUUUGCGAGGGAAUUCGAGGACGGCCGCGGCGGGGUUGGGUACCGGCGGCGGUGGUGACUGCGUUUUGCCCCGGAUCGUUUCGCGGUCGAGCGCACGUCCGGGCACCGCUACCCACCGCCCGCGCGACGUUUCGACGACGCAGCAAGUGGCACGCAAACCCGGAGCUCACCCCGCGCACCGUACAUCACCAAAGCCACCGGCGCACGUGAACCUCUUGUUGAGACAGACGACCGUCAAUUUGCUCUUGGACGGCACCGCCGCCGCUGCUGCCGCUAGGUUUGUGGAGAACACCGUGCCAGCCGUCGAGACAAUCCAUGACCACCGGCUGCUCAACGGAGCGAACGCCGGCAGCGUGGGGAUGCCCGUGGGAGCUGCCGCGCACGGCGGAGUGACGGACACGUCGAGCGGCCCGGAGCUGCCCGUGAUGCAGCUGACGGCCGCCGUGCAGAGACUGGCCGCGGGCGCCGCGAGAAGCGGGAGCGAGCCAACGGUGAAUCCGCCAGGCGGCCCCAUCGCUUCCCUGCGCGAGUCUCCUCCGAGCGUCCGCCCGACGACGCUGACGAGGAAGCCCAACCCGAGCUCGUGCAAGGCGAAAUCGGAUCGCGCGAAAAACCCGGAGGCGAAGCCGAGCGCGAGCAGAACACGGGGCGGCCCUGGGAACGCGCCGGUGCGCCGGGUCGGCCCGCGGCUCACCGGCAAAGGCAGCGGCAUGUCGGCCGCGCACUCGGGGCAGGGGCAAAGCGGGCGCGAGCUGGGGCAGCGCGGGUGGAGGCCCGGCGGUCCACCCUCGGAGCUGGGCAGCGGGGACUGUGGGCAGGACGGAGAAGAGGAGGAGGAGGACGGGAGCGAGGCGGUGGAGGAUGACGGUUCGGAGGACUCUUCUGCGCAGUCUGUGGACCUCGAUGGUGACGACGAAGACGACAACGACGAUGACGAGGAGGAGCUGCCGGAUGGACCGGACGAGGUGGGAGAUGAGGUGGACGUGAGUGACGGCACCAGCUCUGACGAUGACGGAGGUGACUACGCCGCGGCCUUGGACCUCGCCGUGAGCACUGCCGCCUGCAGUGUGCCGGGCAGCGCCCAGGACGGGCAACUCAAGCCGGCGCUCGUGCCCAGCAUUUUCGACAACGUGCCGCCCACCGUCUACUUUGGCACCGCGGAGGAGACGAUCGCGAUGCUGCCGUGGCCCCUGCGCAGGAAGCUCAAGUGGAAGAUGAGCCCCGUGACGCCGCAGGUCGUGCGGAAGACGUUGGCGCGCUCCCACUUCCGCCCCACCGCCAAGAGACACGACUGGCUGGGCUGCUGGGGCCGCCACAUGAAGUCCCCGGGGUUCAGAGCACUGCGUGAGCACCAGAAGCUGAACCACUUCCCCGGCUCCUUUCAAAUCGGGCGCAAGGACCGGCUGUGGCGGAACCUCUCGCGGCUGCGCGCGCGGUUCGGCCGGCGCUCGUUCGGCUUCGUGCCGCGCUCGUUCGUGCUGCCGCAGGACACCCGCGCCCUCCGCCUCGCGUGGGCCGGCGCCGGUGGCGGCGGCGGCGGCGGCGGCGGCGCCGCCACCCACAUGCGCUGGAUCGUGAAGCCGCCGGCGUCGGCGAGGGGGAUUGGAAUCAAGGUGGUCAGCAAGUGGAGCCAGCUGCCCAAGAAGAGGCCUCUACUCGUACAGAGGUACCUGCACAAGCCCUACCUCAUAGAGGGUAGCAAGUUCGACCUGCGCAUCUACGUGUACGUGAGCUCGUACAACCCCCUGCGUGUCUACGUGUUCAAGGACGGCCUGGUGCGCUUCGCCAGCUGCAAGUACUCCUCUGCCACGAAGACUCUGGGCAACCGCUUCAUGCACCUGACGAACUACAGCGUGAACAGGAACAACACGGCCUACAAGAGCAACGACGACCGCACCCAGUGCGAGGGCCAUAAGUGGGCCUUGAAAGCGCUGUGGGGCUACCUGUGUGACAAGGGAGUCGACUGCCGCACGAUAUGGGAGCAGAUCAAGGAUAUCGCCGUCAAGACCGUCAUCGCCUCGGAGCCGUUUGUGAGCAGCCUGCUCGCCCAGUUUGUGGGGAACCGCCGCUCCUGCCAUGAGCUCUUUGGCUUCGACGUCAUGCUGGACGAGAAGCUCAAGCCCUGGCUGCUGGAGGUCAACAUCUCGCCCAGCCUCCAUUCGAACUCGCCGCUCGACGUCGCUGUCAAGGGCCAGCUGAUCAAGGACCUGUUGAACAUGGCUGGCUUCCAAAUUCCAGCCAGCUUGCAGGGAGGCGGUGACGGAGCGAGGACCGUGAGCGACGUUGCCACCAAUGAGCGCUCCAAGCACGCCUUCUACCUCUCCCCACGCAACCUCGACGAGCGCGGCACGCUGCUGGACACGCUGACGCCGGGCGACGUGCGCGUGCUGGUGGAGGCGGAGGACGAGUUGCGGCGGUGCGGGCGCUUCGAGCGUGCGUUCCCCUCGCCCUCGGCGCGCUACCUCGUCUUCUUCGCGCAGCAGCGCUAUCACGACCUCCUGCUGCACCGCUGGGCGUUGGCGCACCCGCCCGGCACCACAGCAGGCAUCGAUCUUCUGAAGCGCCUUUGCAAGAAGGGCGUUCACCUGGGCCCUACGGAGGACCCCGCCCACAUCUGGACUCCGUCGGCGAGGUCGGAGCCUCGUCCCCGCGCCGUCGUCACUUGCGAGGCCGCCAGCGCCAGGGCGGCCAAGCCUCCCGCGAAGCAGCCAGAGGAACGGGAGAAGGUGCCUACACCUGGGCCCCAGGUGUGCGGGAUAAGCUCCAGCCUCGGCCUCUUGGCUCUCUCGCAAACCCAGGGCGUCCACCGAGCCCUCCGCACGGCCGGGAGUGUGGGCGACGUCGCUUGACACCUCCUCGCAAAACCCCGCCCGUCGUCAUCCCACACCUCUCGGCAGCCCUGCCUCCCGAGUCGCCCGGCCCCAUCUACCACACCUCGCACGCCAGGAGAUUGGGGAACGGUUCUCCCCUACUAUGCAAAAGGUGGUACGCUCCGAGGCAGUCGUCCGCACCUGGGAAGAAGUUGCAAUAUGAUGGUGCGUGCUGCCAGCCGGGCGAGCCACUGCGCUUGGUG